AUGACUCGACUCAUACUUCUACUCCUCAUCCCCGCCACCUUUGCCCUCGAUCAAAGCAUGGCAAACGAAAACGUAAAUUCGUUUGACGCUGUUGAUGCCGACAAUAAUGGCUGGAUUGAUUUCCCCGAAUUCAGCAAAUGGGUACGCUCACGAAAUUCAGACGAAGCCCGCCGGUCCAUCAAAGAAAUCUUUUCCCAAUACGACGUUGAUGCGGAUUCUCGGCUAGGCGUCGCAGAGUUUGUUCCCCUUGCCUACGCAUUUUCCCAGAAACCAGUCGACACCGAGGAGACCAUUUUCAAGCGAAUGGACAAGAACGGGGAUGGAACUAUUGAUGUUGGGGAGCAAGAGGUCUUGAGGAGAACUGGGGAAGGUGCUGUAAUUGAUGGCGUUUUGGCUGUCGCCGACACAAACAGAGAUGGUCGCCUGGAUUAUUCUGAAUUCCAGAAGGCACUUUCACAAAAUCACCCAAAAUCUCAGGAAGAGAAGGAUCAAGAUACUGCACAGAGUAUUAUUACUUAUAUUGAUGCGGAUGGGGAUCGCUUGUUGAAAAGAGAUGAGGUUCUUCAGUUUGCUAGGAAAUACUCCAAGGUGAACAGCAACGAAAUCCAUCAGGUCUUCGGGCGUCUUGAUUCAAAUAUGGACGAUGUGCUUGAUUUGAAUGAGUUGGCUCGAUUCCCAUCUACUCUUACAACCAUGCUCCAUCUGGCGCCGCCGCCAACCCUAUCU